GCCAUACUUGCUCACUUUCUUGGUAUAAAUGCUCCUGUUUUGUUUUGGCCAAGCAGACAUCUACAAGACACAUUGCCACCAUGCUGUCUUCUCCGGGUGAGUUCAAUAAAUGCAUAAGCCUCUUUAAUUUGGUAAAUUUCAUGAACUACGUAUUAUUCGAUAAAGAAAACGCAUUGACAAUCUAGCUCUGUGAUCUUAUAGUAUAAACGAUCCUGUCUUGUUUUGAACAAACUGAAACCUGUCACUGUGGUAUCUUUUCACGACCAGUCCUAUAAACCCAUGGGAUCUUUCAUUUGGUACAUUUUAAGAAAUAAAGUGAAUGAUCAAACAACAUACUGCUUUCAUUUUCUUGGUAUAAAAGUUCCUAUUUAGUUUUGUGUCUGGUAGUGACUCUAAGAUCAAUGAAUUUCCCAUAUAGCUGCUGGUUGAUGACAUCUCUUACUCAAACAAACAUAUCUGCUUAGUUAGAAGGGAAAUGUUUUGCCAAGCUAAUUGUUAUGCUUUUUAUUCUGGCUUUCAGUGAACAAAUUCUAAAAUAUCUGUAAAUAGAUUGUAAUCACUGAGUUUUUACAUGUUCAUUUAUUUUUGUAGGUAGUGUAUUCAGUCGAUUACAUUUGCAUAGACAUGCCUCUUUGUCUAGGUAAUAUAAGAACAUUAACAAAUUCUGUUCUGCAGACCAUUAAUAGUCCACUGGUCCUUUCAAAGCGGUCUUUAUGAUGAAACACAACAUGAUUGAGAGAGUUUUAGUUUUAGAUGAUAUCGCGCAUGAUGAGAUGACACAGCAAUGUUAUAGCUUACCCUUAUAGUAUAUUAUAGUAAAGCAUUGUAAAUGUAAAUGUAUCUUAUCGUUAUGUUUAAUCCCGUAUUUAUUCUUGAUUAUAGCAAACAACACAGAACUGGGUAGUGUUUAUCAGAUUUCAACCCUCUUGUAAAAUAACAGAGAAGAAACUUUGGGCAUUUUUCACUAAACACCAAAUUGUAGAUUGUAAAAAUCGAAAAGCAAAAUUAAUGCAGAAACUGUGACUAUAGUUAUGUUGCAGCUUUUCUUUAAAAUCAGCAUAUUUGCAUAAUUUUUGUUAUUUGAAUUUUAUUUCACCACAAUUCAGUGUUUAGUGAACAAACCCCCUUGAGAACUUGCAGUCUGAAAAAUACAACUGUUGCCCAACCUGAAAGGGUAGCAAUUACAGUCACAGGGCUGGAUUCUGUUACUAGAGAUAUAACUCUGCUUACUGAAUAGCAAUGGUUAAAUUGCUAUUUAAAGGGACGCUACAGUCACCAGAACCACUAGAGCUUAAUGCAGUGGUUCUGUUAUCAAUAGAUAUUCCCUGCGGCCUUAGCACGCUAAACUCUGUUCAGAGAUAAUGCAGGGUUUAUAUUGCUGCCUAGUAAAACCUCUAGGUGCAGUCACUCAGACGGCCACUAGAGGUGCUUCCUGUGUUAAUGUUGCACAGUGUGCAGCACCUACAUUCAGCAUCUCAAAUCUCUGCAUGGAGGUACUAACGUUCCCGUAGAGAGGCAUUGAUUCAAUGCAUCAUUAUGAAAAGAUGCUGAUGCUGAUUUCUCCUAUGAGAAAGCAUUGGAUUGUGUGAGAUCAUUAACACUGACAAUCUCAGCCAUGGAGGUGGGACCAUGCAGGAAAAGCCGUGUCACGACUAGAGUGGCGCGGGAGAAAAGGUGAGUAAAAACAUAAAUGGGGGUGGGGGUUGGGGGGGGGGGCGUAAUGCUGCAUUCUUGACACUAUAGUGUUCCUUUAAGAAGCAGAGGAAAAUGCAUGACCCCAUGCAGAAUAGAGCACACAUUGUAAGUGUUUUGUAAUAUUUUAGUUAAUGCUGAUUGUUUUAAAAUCUUUAACAUUGUUAACAUUCUGCAAUGGAUCUUUUUUAGGUUCUUUGAAUUUUGUUGCAGUUCUGAUUGCCAUUGGUUUAGCUGCACAGCAAUGUGUUGGACAAUCCUUGAAUUGCUCAUCUGAGUACAACAGAUAUCCAAGUUUGUAUUUCACAUUAUCUUUUUUUCCUGCUUAUAAAAAUUGGGGUAAACUUUAAAUGAUAUGGUGCUGUACAAUUAUAACUGAUACCACAGCAGUGAUACAUAGUUACAUAGCUGAAAAGAAACAGCCUUUCUCACAUCUGUUUUUGCUAUUAAUCCAUUAAAUUGAUCGAAAAGAAGUAAAAAAAAACACACAAAAAAAAAACAACAACAAACUAGGAAAAUUCAUUCUUGACCUCAGAAAGGCAGUUAGAUAUCUCCUUGGAUCAAGAAGCUAUUACCCCACAAAAAAAACAAAAUUGCAUUGCUGUACAUUAUAUUUUUGCAAAUAUGCAUCCAGUUGCUGUUUAAACAUUUGUAUAGACUCCGAUAAAACCACAUUUUAGGGUAGAGAACUCCACAGCCUUAUUGUUCUUACUGUAAAAAAAACCUUUCCUUUGCCUUAGACUAAAUCUCCUUUUUUCUAGUCUGAAUGUGUGACCUCGUGUCCCAUGUAUGGUCAUGUUUAUGAAUAGAUAUCAAGACAAUGGUUUGUAUGGCACCAGAUAUAUUUGUAUAAUGCUAACAUAUCCCCUCCAGUGAUUUAAGAGGCAAAAUUAUAUUUUCAUCCAAAUAAUUAAUUAAUUUGUGCAUAAUUAAAUGUACUAAGCAUUAUCUUUACAAGUUAAUGUUUAAUUGAUUUUGCAUGUUUUCCAUAAUAUUUUUUUUACAGACAAUAGUGACAUCACUGUAAACUGUGGUCCAUCUACGAUUGAACUGGUGAUAAUUGCCUGCCCAGUUCAGUAUGCCAUGUUUAAUCCUGAUCAGCUGGCACUGAAUAGCAAAUACAACAUGAGUAACUGCUUGGCAACUCUGGAUACAACUGUAAACCCUCCAGUAGUGAGAUAUUCGUUCCCACUAAAUGAUACCACCGCCAACAGCUGUGGAAACACUAUCCAAGUAAGUAUGUGCAACCUACCUUAGUGAUUCACAUUACAUGUGCAGUGAACUACAUUCUCUACAGACAGUGUGUGGUUUGCUGGGUAGGCUGUGGCCUACAUUUCCCACAAUGCAUCCAAACUACUGGCACAUUAUGAUGGGUAUGGUAGAACCCAGUCUUUGGAUUGGCAAAAACAUCCCUUCAGGUUUUAUGAUCUCCAUCUCCCAUUAUUUAUGGUUAAUCUUUAAGGAUGAUAUCGUGAGCCUCGCAGAUAUUGUUAACAUCUGUUAAACGUGGAUUCACCUCCCCUAGCUUCAGAACAGUAGGACAAAACCUAAUCAAUUUAAAACAUACUUUCCAGUUAUAAAAUGCUUAGGUAAUAGUGUGUCAAAAUACCAAAAGUCACAAUGUAAAAUAAAAGAUAACUAAAGGAGCACUCUAAAUACCAAAACAACAUUCACUUAAUAAAGUGGUUUUGGUGUAUAGCCCUUGCAGUCUCAAUAUUUAAUUCACAAAGGUAAAUCUCUUUGUUAAUGCAGCCUGAGCCUCACCUUCCCUCCCAUGGUGGAGUCUCACUCAGACUUCCUGUAAAGCAGGGAUGCCUAAAGUUAGAUCUCUAGAUGUUUUAAAUCUACAGCUUCUAAAGGCAUGCAAAGCGUCAUGGGAGUUGUAGUUCUACAACGUCUUGGGUUCUACCAUUUGGGCACCCAUGCUGUAAAGAGAGAUCUAAUUUUUAAACUUUCUUUAGUUUAAAUUAGAAUUUCAUAUCACCUUCUGUGUUAAUAGCCUGCUAUAGCAUGCAGGAGCCUCCUAUGUGUGAUUAAAGCUCAAUUAACAGAGCAGGAGAAAAUAACUUCUAAAGUAAACACACUGCGCUGUACGAUCCGAUUGAACAUAAAUAAACUGUUCAUGUUGACUGUGUGUUACAGCCAUGGGAGGUGUGGAUAGGGCUCAAUGCACAGAAAUAAAAUGAUAUAACUCCUAAAUGGCAGAGAAUUGAGCAGUGUGAUUGCAUGGGGCAUGAUAUAUACAGUAAAACUGCAUUGUCAAGCUAAAGUUGUAUCCCGUUAAAUAUAAUUUCAGAGGCAGGUAAUACUAGUACUGCUACUAGAACUACUACUUAAACUACUACUAAUUAUUAUUAUUAUUACUAUUAUUAUUAUUAUUAUUAUUAAGUAACCCAGAUAGUUAUAUUUAGGUUGUCACUGAUUUCCAAAUAUGUUCUGGGAUCUAGAUAGUAUUAUUACUCAACUUUAAGGAACACUAUAGGGUCAGGAACGCAAACAUGUAUUCCUGAUCCUAUAGUGUUAAAACCACCAUUUAGGCGACUUGCCCCUCUUAGCCCCCUUACAAAGCAUUAAAACUAACCUUAUUUCCAGUGCCGCACAUGUCUGAUGGCGCUGGCCCCACCCCGGUGUGCCUAUUUGGCUGACAUAAUUAGAAUUGAUGAUCUCAGCCAAUCCAAUGAUUCCCCAUAUGAUUGGAUUAGUUGAGAUCCUCAAGGAAACGUUACAGGGCCCUGGCCAAUCAGAAUUUCCUCAUAGAGAUGCAUUGAAUAAAUGCAUCUCUAUGAGGAAAGUUCAGCAUCUCCAUGCAGAGGGUGUUGUGCAGAACUGCCCCAUGAAGCACCUCUAGUAGCCGUCUGAGGACUGGCCUGCAGGACAGGCUAUAGACACCAGAACCACUGCAAUAAGUUGUAGUUUUGCUGGUGAUUAUAAUGUUUCUUCAAUAGUAUUUUAUUGAGACAAAGAUGACUUGACUGGAAUGGAACUCGUGACUGCAUCUUGGACUACAAUACAACAUAUAUUAUACCAAACUAACUCUAAUCUAUUUUUCUUCAAAAGUGUAGAAAUGUAGUUUCAAUGGUACAAUGCAGUUUUUGUAUUAAAUGUUUACUCCAGCAACCAUGGUAGAAAGAGGAUCCAGGCACUCCAAGUAUCUUCAAAUUUAUUUAUUUGGACAAGUGAGACACUGCAACGUUUCGACCCCUGAAAGGGUCUUUGUCAAACUUGACAAAGACAUUUCAGGGUUUGAAACGUUGCGAUGUCUCACUUAUCCAAAUAAAUACCUGCAAGAGGAAGCUCUAUACAUCAGUUACCAGUGUGCACUGCACACUGACAAUGUACACAUUUUAUGCACAGAAUUAAAAUUAAGUAGCCCGGAACAGGGUUCUGGGCUGCCAAAGCCACUUGGGCUGAGGGUGCAACUAUCACUCAGCACACAACUGCCAAUAUCUCAUUAAGUGCAGUGUUUAAAGCUGAAAUACUGCACAUACAGACUCCUACCACCAUGAACACUCCUAAAAGCGGUGGUUCUGGAUUUUAGAGUAAGUAGAGGUAAUCAUGGUUGCUGGAGUAUUUGCAAAAAGAGAAAAAAACUGAAAAAAAGAAAAAAAAAUGAACCGCACUUCAAUCAUGUGAAGAUCCGGGUGCUAAACUGGACCAAGGGCCAGCACCAGCCCCAGUGAGUAGAUAUCAGUGGUAGAAAGAGGAUCCGGGCACUCCAAGUAUCUUCAAAUGUAUAUAUUUGGACAAGUGAGAAACUGCAACGUUUCGACCCCUGAAAGGGUCUUUGUCAAGCUUGACAAAGACCCUUUCAGGGGUUGAAACACUGCACUUAAUGAGAUAUUGGCAAUUGUGUGCAGACUGCUAGUUGCACCCCCAGCUUUGGCAGCCCAGAACCCUGUUCCAGGCUACUUAAUUUGAAUUCUGUGCAUGAAAUAUGUCCAUUGUCAGUGCUCAGUGCACGCUGGUAACUGAUAUUUUUGAGCUUCCUCUUGCAGGUAGAGCCUACAAGGGGAAACCUGGAUGUAACCUCCCUCCCUUUUUUCGUACAGUCCUCCCGGCUUACCCAAUCAGUGCAAGUUUUUGUUUUUCAAUUUCCUAUUCCUCUACCUUCCUCUCUUCACUGCCUCUGUGUUCUAAGACGGCUAUAUAGGCUUCUGUAUGAGAAGCCUUUGAUUGGACUUUGCAUGGCUCCCGUGCUGUCAUGUCUUACUGUCAUGAAGGGGAGUGGAACGCAAUGCUGGUAAAAUUCUUUUAUUUUUAAUAGUAAUAAGGGGUAGGGGUUUUAAAGAAUAAUGUCCAGUAAGGCAUUAUUCUUUAUAAAAAUGUAUAUAGAAAAAAUGUUGGAGUAACCCUUUAAAGUGCACAGGAAACUAGAUAUUACAUUCUUAUGCCAGUAUUUUGUAUAAAAUGAGUGGCUACCUAAUGAUUGUUUUUAUAAUUUUCCAGAUUGCAGACAAUCCUGGAACUGGAAUCUUCAAUGAUUAUUUGACAGUCCAAACUGUAAUCAUCUCAGGCUCUGUAUCAACUCCACCAUCUAAUGAAACUGGACUCAUUAGCUACAGUACUAAUUUGGUGUAUGACUUCUCAUGCAGCUAUCCACUCCAGUAUUUGCUUAAUAACACCGAACUUUUCUCGUGAGUACACAGUAUUAUGACUGUAAGGAAACUGAAGAAUGACUUUAAUUAUUUGGUGUUGGAGGUUUAUUUAUCCAUAUUUUUGUUUUACAUAGUAACAUAUAGCACUAUAAUGCUAGACACACACACGCACUCACGCACAAACACAGACACACACUACUACACCCAGACACAGACAAGAAUACUCACUGCCAGACACAUACAAACACACACAGACACACACACACACACACACACACACACACACACACAAACACUCAUACACACACACAGGCAAUGCCAGAAACACACAUAAACUGCUUGACAUACACCCUGCCAAACACAUACAACUGGCCAGAUAGCAACACACUGCCAGAUACACACUGCUAGAAACACAAACACUAACAGAUACAGAUACACAUUCACUGCCAGAUACACACUGCUAGAAACACAAACACUAACAGAUACAGAUACACAUUCACUGCCAGAUACACACUGCUAGAAACACAAACACUAACAGAUACAGAUACACAUCCACUGCCAGAUACACACUACUAGAAACACAAAUACUAACAGAUACACAUGCACUGUCAGAUACACACUGCUAGAAACACAAACACUAACAGAUACACAUGCACUGCCAGAUACACACUGCUAGAAACACAAACAAUAACAGAUACACACACACUGCCAGAUACACACUGCUAGAAACACAAACACUAACAGAUACACAUACACUGCCAGAUACACACUGCUAGAAACACAAACACUAACAGAUACACAUACACUGCCAGAUACACACUGCUAGAAACACAAACACUAACAGAUACACACACACUGCCAGAUACACACUGCUAGAAACACAAACACUCACAGAUACACAUACACUGCCAGAUACACUCUGCGAGAAACACAAACAAUAACAGAUACACACACACUGCCAGAUACACACUGCUAGAAACACAAACACUAACAGUUACACAUACACUGCCAGAUAGAUAUGUACUGGCAGACAAGCACACAUUCAUUCUGGCAGACAAGCACACAUAAUCUUGUGUUAGCUACCCUAUUUGCCAACUACUUUACAUUUGAAGGGGUCUAGUGAGAUUCUGUCUACUAAGGGCUGUGGGAUUCAUUCUUCCCUCCGAAACAAUAUGCAAACAAUAAACGCUGUUUAUGCAUCUUUAUAAAAUGCUAGAAAUCACAAACAUAUAAUGUCAUACAUGAUAUAUAUCUCAUAUAAAUAUUUCAUUUUUGUGUUGCUGUUGUAAUGGGCAGGUUUAGAAUUGACAAUUGGUGACAGCAUCGGUGCAAUUAUUUCCUAUAAAGAAUAGGUAAUAAAGAAUAGGGAAUGAUGCAUCAGAUCGCCUCCUUGCAGUUUGGGGACAUAAUCUCGUACAAAGUUAGGACACGUUACCGGCUGACAUUUUUAUAAUGACAUCUGAAAUAACUACCAGCUGGGGCUGUGACUCUGAUUUGAGCAGCACUGGGGCUACACUAUGCAUUAGCCCCUACAAUUACUUUAACGCUACACUAUCACAAAACAUUAAACAUUAUGCUACACAUUAGCCUUCGACACUAACCAUUAAGCCCUAAAUUACACUAACACAAACCUAAAAGUAACUUAAGAUUGAGAUCCUAUUAUGCACAAACUGAGGAUAAUUCAUUAUUUUGUUUUGUCAUCUUACUUUUCCAGGUCUUCCGCAAAUGUAGCCGUAAAUACAAAUAAUGGAAGCUUCAUCAGCAUCUUGAGUAUGCAAGUAUUCACUGUAAGUUUCAUAUCUGUAUUUUUAAGUAAUUUUUAUUUUAUACUACAAUAUACAACAUUAUUCUGAAACAGUAUUUUCUUUUUAAUCACUUUACUUAAAUUGCACAUAGCAUGUUGUAGAGCAAAACUACAGAGUGCUCUGGCUAAUAGCUCAGCACAGGACUAAUUGUCAUAUUCGUAAUUAAGCAACAAUAUUUUACAUGUCAUUAUUUAUAAAAAAAAUAGUAUGGAGCAAUAUUCAAAAUAUUGAACAAUCUCCAUGUAAACCAUUCAAAUAUUCUAUUUUAAGAACUUACACUCACAAUUCCUCGUAACAGUCAAACUCGACCAAAUUUACAAUAUAUUAUAGGGCUAAUAAAUUUACUUACCAAAUUGUGGCCUCAAUUUACUAUUUUAAGAUAAGCCUUUUAAAUGAUUUAGUACAUUUGGAUAAACUUAAUUUUUUUUUUUAAAUAUUAAAAUCUCUCUCUCAUUAUAUAUAUAAUAAAAUAUAUAUUAUAUAAUAUAUAUAUUUUAAAUAUUCAAUUAUUUAAUUUUUUUUUCCAAAGGUACAAAAUUAUUUGAAAAGCUUAUAAAAAAUAAUAUAAAAUUGAGUCCUAUGGUUGAUUUAUUUUGUUGUUGUUGCUUUCUCCAAUUAAUUGUUUUUCAUGUGAACUUUCAGGAAUCCUAGUUCCUUUCAAAGUGAUUUUAAAACUCUAGGCCAGCAUAUCCAAUCUGACACAUUUCAGGGAUACUUAAAUAUCUUUAUAAUAAUAAUAUAUAAUAAUAUAAUAUGUUUUUGUUCACAUUUACAACUAUUUACUCCUAAACCUAUACUGCUAUUAUGGAGCUGUAAUAUAUCAGAAAUUUAGAUGACAAGGUAUUUCUGUAGUCAUGGUCUCAGUGGAUCCACACUUCCACAAGUGUAGAGCUACCACAAGAGGACAUGGUCUUAAAUUAGAGGGGCAAAGAUUUAAAAAUAAUAUCAGGAAGUAUUAAUUUACCACUUCAGCAAGUGUAUGCAGGGAGUGUAGAAGAAAGGGAACAUGAAGCAGCAAGAGCAUUUUCAUAGUGCACAAAGUCAGCUUUACCAUAACUAAUUUCAUUGUCAGUCAGUCCACACCAGUUUUGCUCCCCUACAUCCCUCCUAAGUUUCCGUACUUACACAAGAGCAUGUGAAGAGUAGUAAAAAAUAAAACAAUAAUAUAUAUAUUAAAUCAAUGGGCCUAUUCCUUAGACUUGAGCCUGGAGCUGCAGCUCCAUCAGCCCCUAUGUUAAUCCAGCCCUUAAUAAAGGUCCUCUUGUUCACAAGUGCCUCUAGAAGGAGGCACAUUCACCUAGUGAGAAUGUAAAUAUUUUAUAAUAUAAAAAGACUCGGCUACACUCUCCUAUUGCAAAAUCCAGUUUGUAAUCAAGUUGAUUAACGAAAUCAAAUGCUGUCAUGUGAUCAUUGAAUUUCCAUUAAUAUCACUGAGCGAUUUAUUGAACAGAAACAUCUAUGACAUACACUGGUACAUAUUACUCUAACACACAGAAUAGAAAAUUGUUGCUAAACAAAGUACGUGAAAUUAUAAUAUCUAUGAUAAUUCCCUAUGAUGUAUUUAUUUUAUAUAACCCUCAUAUUCUAGACACUUUCCAAACCUUAGUAACUAUGUUAUGUCCAUUAUGAAAAUAACAUAGGCACAGAUCAGGUGGAAUCAUGAUUGAUGAUGGUAUGUGAUCUGUAGCUGUCUAUAGGUAUUUCAAUUGGUACAUUGCGGCAGCUAUGAACACAGCAGCUGGUAAAUGGUUAUGUUUGUGAAUUCGACACUUGAUAACUGCUGUGCCCUCUGCCAAAUGAUCAUUCAUGUCCUGCGGGAUUUAAUGUAGCUGUUGGUGAAGGCAACACUUUGACCUGGAACUUUUAGCCAGUGAUUUAUAUACUUAUAUUUUUAACUACAGGAUAGUGGAUUCACAACUCUUCUGCAGGCUAAUGGACCUGCUCUUCAGCUGAAAAAGCCAGUAUAUGUUCAAGUAAAAGCCACCAAUCUAACCACAAAGUAAGGUUCUCAAAUAUGCACAUUUAGUUAAUGUAUCAAUAUAACAUGCAUGACAGCAUCAUUGUUUAACUCAAAUAGUGUCAUAGCUACUGAGCUAUAAGUUAACUUUACAGAACAGUAUGGUUUUAAUUUAAGUUAUAUACAAGAGCACAGCUGAAAAAAAAAUCUGUGUUACCCAUAGAAUAAAUGUCGGAAUAACUAAUUUGUCUUAUGUAUUUUUCCAGUUUCAAUGUGCUUCUGGACCAUUGCUUUGCUACGCCGUCUCCGUUGGUAACAACUCAGACUAGUGAAAAAUACGACCUGUUUGUAGGGUAUGAUGGAUUCAACUUUUACAUUUUUUUUCUCAUGAAUUUAACUGAAGCAAUGAAUGAACAUUUUCAGAUAUCCUAAUUAAAAUAUACAUACUUAAACCACAAGAUAAAAAGAUAGUACAGUUCUAGUAAUUGAACAUUAAACCGAAAUAAAUCAUUGUCUAUGCCUUCCAGAAAAAGAAGCUAAAUUUAUUUAAUUUGGCAAAGAAAUGACUCAUCACUGUGAGCCUUUUUCCAUUUAAAAUCAAUAGCCAGGAAAUAGAGUAAUUAAACUCGUUAUAAAAAGAGAAAUCAAAAAGAGAAAUCAACAAGACAUAUGAUCGGAGUCUCAUAUUUUUUUUUUUGCUUAAUCUGAAAUUCUUACCAAAUAAUUUAGACAUUUUUGAAACCAAAAUUUAAAAUGAAUAGUUGUAAUAUAUGAUGUUGUACUUUUACACAAGCUCAGCAUUAGGCAGGUGAUGUUUUGAGAAGAGGUUUAAAGGAAAACUCCAAACACCAGAGCAACUUAAUUGCAAUGUAGUUUUUUUAUGAUGCAAGGAGUUCAUAACCAGAAGAGGUUAAACCAUUAAUGAAGUCAGCACGUUUGAGCUCCAUCACUCUGUCCCUGUGAUAAAGUUGUUAUGGUACGCAGAGUGGUCAUUUCUGAGUCCCUCUCUCAGCAGGAUUUAAAAUGACACAGAUUUUUUAAAUUAUAGGGUAUGUAGUUAAAAAUAUCUUGCUGUUUAUUUUAUUUCUAUUGGUAGUCUACUUCUUUACUUGCUAGCUAUACAAGUUUGAGUGUAUUAUGUUGAAAAUUUACCAGUGUAUAAAGUUAAAAUGUAAAUUGACGUGGCACAUGGCAAAAUAACCACAUUCUUUAAUUUUUUAAUUUCCCAUUGGCCAAUGAGCUUUUGCCCUUUUACCUUGUCAGGAGAUGAUAGAAUUAAUUGGGGCAAUAUUAUUACUCCUUACUGCUUCAGCCAUUCAGCAAGUUCUGAGAUUAAUUUUAGGAAGGCAAAUGGUCCCAGGGUCUGUACUCUCCAGACUUUAGAAGGUAUAGUAUAUCUUGAUUAUAUUUUUGCUAUCACCUUGGGUAAUAUUUCGGUGAACCUUGUUGAACUAAGAGUUGUCAACAGAGUUACCUUCAAGACAUGUCUGAAAACUUGAAGUUUUGUGAAUACAGUCAACCUGGUAACAGGCCCAAACAAGAUGUCUACAAAUGGCUGUAAAGAUCUCUACGUCAGGGAAGAGGGCAUUUAUGGUGGACACUGAGACAUGAAUCUCCAUAAUUCUAGUGUUUCAUUUUCACAUUUGUUUGAUUUUCAGUUGUAAGCCAUGGUAUAUUACAAAGGUUAAAAUCUCUAUCAACAAUACCUAACCUUCGACACGCAAAAUAUCAUCAACUGGCUGGCGUACAGAGAAUGUUUUCUUUGGGGUGCUACUGUGUAUUUGGUAAACUAAAUUGUUUUGUAUCUUCCACUCUAGAUGUACUGUUCCGAACAAAACUACUAUCCUUUCAAACGGGGCAGGAAGUGUAGCUCAGUUCAGGUUUGAGGCAUUCCGCUUUGUGCAGAGUAGUAAUCAACAAACAUCCACAAUUUAUCUACAUUGCAUCAUAAGGCUGUGUUCACCUGACGAGUGUGCCAAGUACACGGUGAGUGUUUGGAAUAAGUUAAAAGAUAUAAAGUUUGAUUACUAGCAGAUUAUCUAUUUACACCAGUCUGUAAAGAACAGCUGUCAUGAAAUUUUCUUUUCUAAUUUUUUUUAAAGUUUACUCUAUUUAAUGAAAGUUAAUAUUUUUUUUAAAUGAGAUAUAUUGAUUUUUUAUUUAUAUUUUUUAGCCUAUUUCAUGGUUGCUCCCCUCUAUUGUUUGAUUGAAUGUGCUUAGCAAUUCACAGGGAAUUCACACUCUGUGCAUCUACGUAGAUAGUUGUGUAUUGAUGUUACUAGGUAUUCCUGGCUGUACCCAUUGAAAAACAUAAAUACAUCACUCUUUUAACAAAUAGACUUGUGGAAGCUCAUCAAGACGCAAAAGAGCAGCAGAUACAAGAGUUGCCACUGCUCAAGGACCUACUGACCCAGUCACAGUGUCUGCUGGUCCCAUAUAUACGACUGAUACAGGUAAGGGCAUGAGUCAUAUUUACUUAAUUUACUUGUUUGAUGCAUGUUCAGGUGAGUGCAGCCCUCUUGGUUUCAUACAUAUAUAAUACACACCAGAUUCAUCGAGAAUGCAAUGCUAUAAACUAUAAAUAAAAUAACGGUUACAAGGGGAGGGAUUGCAAAAGCCGCAGACAAGAGAACUGCAGGUUUUGCAAGCUGUUUUUAGAUAUAACUCCAAUGAAAAUAAUCAUAAUUAAGAAAACAUCUGCAGCUUUCUUCACUUACUAACCUUGUGUUGUUUGUUAUCUUUUAGUGGCAGUUUCUCCACUUAGUUCAAGUCAGUCUGGCAGUAAGUAUCAGAUCACUGUUACCUCUAAGUAUCAGAUCACUGUUGCCUCUAAGUAUCAGAUCACUGUUACCUCUAAGUAUCAGAUCACUUUUACCUCUAAGUAUCAGAUCACUGUUACCUCUAAGUAUCAGAUCACUGUUACCUCUAAGUAUCAGAUCACUGUUACCUCUAAGUAUCAGAUCACUGUAACCUCUAAGUAUCAGAUCACUGUUGCCUCUAAGUAUCAGAUCACUGUUGCCUCUAAGUAUCAGAUCACUGUUACCUCUAAGUAUCAGAUCACUGUUGCCAGUUUCCUCUUAUAUUUUGAGGAUCAUACCAACCUCACAACAUGGACUGAAAUACUUCAAGACCUCAAAAGGAAGUCAUAGAGAGAAUGGUUUCAAGUUUAAGGCCAAAGUAGCCAAUCUCAAUGCAUAGAUGACUUCGAGAAUUUUGACCUUAAUUUUAUAAUUCAUUUUGGAAUUCACUUGAAGUUCUUGACCAUUCUAACUGUAAUGAAUGACCCUGUGAGCGUUUACUCUGUACUGCCUGGGUUCACUGUAACUGAUGAUAAUCUUUUCUUCCAGGCUUGGAAGGUGCAAAACAGCUUGAGGGUACCCUGAGUGGACUAAUUGUUGGAAUCAUCAUCGCUGCUAUAUUGGGAGCCGCUCUCGUGUUUGCCAGUGUUCUACUGUUUAAAAUGUAUCGUCUGAAAGCAUCCAAGGAUCAGAAGAAUGGCGUUGACAACUUUGCAUUCAAUGGAAAAUAGAAUUCCACUGCAAUAAAAAACAUAAAGUGAUAUAUUUUUACUUAAUCAUUCUUACUGAGUAUUUUAAUCGGAAAAAUACUUAAUUGAUCUGCACUUUGAAAAUAAUAUAGUAUUUAAUAUAUAAAAUGGUAAACUAAUCUGUACCUGUUGAUAUAGAUUGUAAAUAUAUAAUUGUUUAGAAAAUGCAAUUUUAAAUUUUUUUGAAGAUUAUGAUUCUGUUUAUUUUCUCAUUAAAUCAAAAAUAAAG